ACUAUGCAAGUCAAUGAGUUUGGAUUCAAUGAACCGAUUGGAUCAGCCGAGACCAAUCCAUUCAUUAAUCAACCAGCGGGUGGUGGUGGAGGUGGCGCAGUAUCAUUUGUUAAAGGCUUGAAGCAUCCAUGGGCAACACUGUUUCAUGUGGCGUUCAAGGUCGUGGCAAUACUAGUAUAUCUAUUCCCUUUUAUCUUUGGUGGAGGCUUCAUACUCAGCUUCAUAUUCUGUACUCUACUACUCAGCUUUGACUUUUGGACUGUCAAGAACGUCACUGGUCGACUACUCGUUGGUCUACGUUGGUGGAACCAAGUCAAAGAUGAUGGUACCAAUGAAUGGUACUUUGAACAAGCACCUGCAGAUGCGAAAUACAACCAAGCAGAAUCGAUCGUCUUUUGGUUGUCAUUAUACUUCACGCCAGUAGUCUGGGCACUCUUUUUCCUCUCCUGUCUCAUAUCCUUCAGCUUCAACUGGAUGAUAAUUACAAUCAUUGCACUCUCACUUAGUAUGGCAAAUAUAUAUGGAUUCUUCAAGUGCGCAAAGGGUAACAAUAGUAACAAUAGCAGUGGAGUCGCAUCAAACUACAUUGGACAGGCAUUAUUCAAUCGUGCCAGCAGCUAUCUCUAG